AUGGGGCUGGAAAGAGUCGGCGUCCUGGAGAACAUGCAACCUCUCGGCGUCCCUCCUUCACAUCGACUGCUGCAGAAACUGAAACUGAAUUACACACGUCCUUCACCACGCGCGACCCCUGCCCAAACUGAGGAAGUCGUCACUCCGCUGCCUGAGCAAGAAAAGUCGGAUUUAGCUUCACCCUUGGAGCCUGAGAUAUUACGAGAGCUUUCUCCUGAACCUCCUCGACACUCCGACACCAUUGUCAUUACUAGUCCUCCUCGUGGCCGUCCUUCGAGGAGAGAGGUUGCAGAGAUGUCGCAGGCGUCAAAUGUUUCGCCUUCUGGCGUACGGUUGUCUUUCACUCCAGGCACUCACUCAAAACCAGCAUCAAUCCAGGAACACCUCCGGCAAGACCGGCUCAACAAUCAUCUAGAGCUUGCUCUGCAGGAAGCCCAGGACAAAGGUACACCCAACCUCAUCCCAGGAUUAGAGAGGCUACGUGAAGAUGCCCAACUGAUACCUGAGUUGUACAAUGUUAUCGAAGCCAUCAUUCAACAGUCACCGACACAUAAACAGUUCAGAACAUUCAAACGCUACAUCAAAUCUGGUGUCAAAGACUUUCGGCGCUCUAGUCAAAGUCAAGUUUCUGAUGGUUCCCAGCGUCCAUCUUCUCUUGCCGAGAUCAACAGUACUUUUGCCUCUCCUCGACAAACUAAUCUCAACCAGUCAACCCAUCAACGGGUUACAUCAACUGGAUUCACUGAUGAAGGAAAUCGUCGAAUUGCUUUGUUCUUUGGACAGGCGCGGAAGGAACCAACUCGUGCUUCUUUUGCCCCAAACAUGUCUGCUUCAGCUUUGGCCGCAUCAGCUCUUCCGAACCUGGAUCCGGCUCUCGUUGGUGCUGCGCCAACUCCAGUUGCAUCGCCCAACAAGCGUAAGAGAUCUCUGAGUGCUGCAAGCGACUCUUCUUUGUCAUCCGCUCAAUCAAUUCCCGAUGAUUUCGUAUCGAGUACUCAUCAAAAUGAUCAAUCAGCAAUCAGUCGCUCCAGAUCGGUGGGACAGCGCCAAGCCACACAUCGAGCUGGAAACAGACUUCGCUCGGCGGGGGGUGGAAUAUCGCAUCAAUCUCUAGCAAAACAAGCAGAUACUCAACCUGCUUCCAAAUCGACAACAAAGAAGUUCAAGAAGACUCAAGGUGAUCCGGAAUUUGACAUUGACGAGUUAUCUCGGCGGAAGCGCCACUACUUGGACGACAGUUUCCAUGAUUACAACACAAUCCCACGCCCAGAGAGCGAUGAACGAGACAUUUCUCAUGGCCACCCCGAGCCGGAUUAUCUACUGACUGAAAACCCUCCUCCACCUGUCAUUCAUCCCAAUCGUCUCAUGUCCUCGAACGCAGCCUUGUCUUCCCCUGUCAGUUCUCAUGCCCCUCGAGAUACUAUACUCACGAAUGGCAAUGGAAGAAAGAGAGCUUAUGAUGAACUUGAUGCGGAUGAUCUGGAACUCGGAUCUUCACUGUCACCAUCACCUCUGCUUGUACCACCUCCUCCACCAGGUUUGGCAAACACUAUUUCAAGGGGAGCCACUCCUCGAGGUGCAAGAUUUCCGCCUACUACGAGAACACGAAAAUCAGCUCGAGUCAUGGUAUCGUAA